UGUGAUAUGAUUACACAGGUGAAUGGAAUACAGUCGCGCAUGCGCAUUGGCCAAAACAACUCUCAUCGUUUGCAGAGCAGAGUGGAUGCGCUGGCUAUGAUGCUGCGUUUAAAGACUUGAUAGACGGCAAGUUAUCCUCUGCAAAUUCAAGCUCGCAAUGGGAAAAGGCUGUAAAGUUGUGGUGUGUGGCCAAGCAGCAGUUGGGAAAACGGCCAUUCUGGAACAUUUGCUGUACGGGAAUCACUCUGUAGGUUCUGAAUCCAGCGAGACGCAGGAGGACGUGUACGUGGCCUCGGUGGAGACGGACCGCGGUGUGAAGGAGCAGCUGAGGCUUUAUGACACCAAAGGCCUCCACGAUGGGCAAGACCUCCCCAAACACUACUACUCGGUGGCGGACGGCUUCGUGCUCGUCUACAGCGUCGACAGCUCCGAGUCCUUCAAGAAGGUCGACACGCUGAAGAAGGAAAUAGACAAGUCCAGAGAUAAAAAAGAGGUGACGGUCAUCGUGCUGGGGAACAAGACGGACCUGCGGGAGCGGCGUCAGGUGGAGCAGGAGGCGGCGCAGCAGUGGGCGCGGGGCGAGAAGGUGAAGCUGUGGGAGGUGAGCGUCACCGAGCGCAACACCCUCAUCGAGCCCUUCACCCAGCUGACCAGCCGCCUCACGCAGCCCCAGAGCAAGUCGGCCUUCCCGCUGCCCGGGCGCAAGAGCAAAGGCGCGUCCAACGACAUCUGAAACUCCCGGGGGCCUCGCCACGCACGUCCCCACGAGUGCGGCCUCGUCCCCCCCCCGUCCAGUCCAUCUGGUGUCUCCCGUGUGGCCUGGCAGCAAUAAUAUUCACGGUGCUGCUGCCUCUACUUGUGAUGUAAAAGGUGAUGCGCGUCCAGCCCGUGGGAUCCAAUAGCGCUGCAACUUAGAACCGUAGAAGCAUCUCGUCUAGAGGAUAUUUAUUUUCUAACUAAUUUAUUUUUUGUCACUUUAAUGAGCCACAUUUCUUGGCAUUUCUUGAAAAAUGUCCAGCAAUGUUUUCUGAGUCCUCAAUGUCCCAAAGUAAUAACACUUAAUGUGCUGCUAGUAGAACAGAGAUUGAGGGACUGUAAUUGUGCAAAUCCUUAAGGAUUCCCUGCUCUGUAACCGUCUUAAGAUUCACUGAAUAAAAACGUAAGCUCUU